CUUGAAAAGAAAGAAAAAGGCCGAUAUUUGAAAGACGGAGAGGCAACAGAAAAAUCCCUAAUAUCGCUUCUUCCUCGUUCAGCUAUUUUCGAUUUCGUUCCUCCGUCAGCCACCACCGCCCAGAACUUCUCUCUCUCCUCGAGAAGUCUCCCUUUUUCAUCAAAUCAGCCGACAUGGGUACGCCGGAGACAUCCAGGGAGCCCUGCCCGGACCGAAUCCUCGACGAUAUCGGCGGCGCUUUCGGCAUGGGUGCCGUCGGCGGCUCCGCCUUCCACUUCAUCAAAGGGGUUUACAACUCCCCCGUCGGGACCCGCCUCACGGGCGGAACCCAGGCCGUCCGGAUGAACGCGCCGCGCGUCGGCGGCAGCUUCGCCGUCUGGGGCGGCCUGUUCUCGGCCUUCGAUUGCACGAUGGUCUACGUCCGCCAGAAGGAGGAUCCGUGGAACUCGAUCUUCGCCGGCGCCGCCACCGGCGGGUUCCUCGCUAUGCGACAGGGCCUCGGCGCCUCGGCUCGCUCGGCCGCCUUCGGCGGGGUUCUGUUGGCUCUCAUCGAAGGUGCUGGGAUCAUGCUGAAUAAGGUUAUGAGUGCGCCGCAGAACAUGCCGGUGAUGAUUGAGGAACCCGCCCCGGCUGGUGGGCCGGGUCUGCCUGCCGGGUUUCCGGGUAUGCCACAGUCGAUGCCGCAGGAGUUGCCGUCGCAGGGGCAGCAGGAAUCGGGUUCAUGGCUUGGUGGGUGGUUUGGCGGAGGGAAAAAGAACGAUACUGCAUCGAGUAGCGGAAGCAAAGCGGAGGUACUGGAGAGCUUUGACGCACCGCCGGUGCCAAGUUUUGAGUACAAGUGAAGAGAUUUGAGCUUAUGAACUCUAUUAAUUUAUUGUCAGAACGUAUGGUUGGGAGCUUUGAAGAGCUUUAUACUUUUGGAGAACUAGUAAUGCUUUCUCUGUUUUGGUGUUCUCGAUUGAUCUUUUAGCUUGGUCUGUAGUAUUAGUGUAUAAUAAUUUUUUACAUUCGAAAUGCUAUUGGCUCUGCCCUGACCUCAGAUUAAUGGGUUUCCUGUGUGUCUCCUCCUUAAGUUCUUGCUUGAGUUAGGGAAGUGUACAUGUUCCAAGUGAUAGUUUGGUAUAUCAGCAUUCUGCAGCUGCAAAAGUUAUGUGCUUUUGGUCUUGUGUUGUUCUGAUAUGAUAUUAAGUUUCUAAUUCUAUAUUCACAGAGGCAUGCUUGCAGCUAGAACUUUUGAAAGGUGGUGGCUUUCAUGUUUGUUUGGAGCAAUUCGAUUGCCUUAGCUAGAAACCUGACGCUGUUGUUUAAUGAUCUCCAUUUUCUUAUAAUCUAGUACACAUUUUGAUGGUGUAUAUUAUGAUCUAGAGGUCUCUGUCUACAUUGUAUUUGCAUUGUCCAGAAAGACUGGAGCUUUCUUCUGUGUGUUGAUUGCAUAGUUGGAGCAUGUUAUGCUCACAGCAGUAGUUGUAGCUAGCAGCCCGAGCAUCAGCCACUUUUUACAUAUCAGGGAGUUGUUGCUUUCCAUCAAACAAGUAGAUUUUUCGGGUUGGCAGCAAUCUCUCUGCUUGUGGACAUGAUUGUUGCAUGUCGUCUUUUGAGGUAGUGCAGCCCGUUUAACAUCUUGAUGGUUGUUGGUAUUGAGUGUGAAUUGAGAGAUCUUGAUCUGAUAUGCCUGUUAUCUUUACACUGGGGGUUAGAGUUUAGACUCCCUAGUUGUUACAUGUGGCAUUGAUUGGUACCACUUUUGUUGUGUGCUUGGUACGAAACUAGUGUAUCGUAAUAUGUAAACUCGAGUCAUAGCUUAUGUCUAUCUGUCUCAUCUGGCACAUUACUGAUGCACAUUGCACGCGGUGCAAAGUGUUCUCACCUUGAUGGAACCGUUCUCGUGCCCUAGCUGAUUUUAUGGCCACGAACAUAUUUGCCAUGAACCUCUUGCGCUUUAGUCCUUUGAAGCUCGUAUGCCCGAUUAAUGUGUCCAAGUUGCAUAGCCGAUGGAACUAGCGUAUCGAGUGCAGAAGAAUGUUCUGACUUGAGCAUGAGAGGGUUCCUUGUUGCAACGAACUUGUUUUGAAGGGUUUUAGGAACCAAUUUAAGCUCUACAACUCUCUCACUAAGACCACAACCACAAAAAAGUGAAAACCCCCUAAUCUGAAUUCUGAGGUUCAUAUUGGAGAAGAAGAAACCUUUAGCUCAAGG